UUAAUUUUUUUCAGAUGGAUAAUGAUCAGUUUGAGAAACGAGUUCGAUUUCUUCUUCAUCAUUUGAAGAAGAUGUCAAGAGAGAUGCCCUCAGAUCUACGGCAGAGGGUUCCUUAUGAACUUCUGUCUUCUCUAGCUGCUAACUUAGCUCAGGCGACAGUUCUUGCAGAAGCAGGUUUCCGAGAUUCAGCUCCUGAACUCCCGAAACCCGUCUCCAACACAGAUAAAACAACUGGAAAAUAUGUUUGGUUUGGUCAGGUUUCUGAUCAGCAGGGAACCCUGGAGAAAGCUGGAGUACCAGGAUUUUUUGUGAGCAGUAAACCUGUGGAGAUCAGGGUUCAGAUGCAUCUUCUGGAAUUCAUUCUCAAACUAAGAAGUAUAUCUUGAUCACUGAUCAGAACAGUUUUACCUGGACAGGAGAGAAUACCUUUACACCAGAAAGAACAUAUUGAAGAAGAUAACAUGAAAACGAUUAAAGAGAAUUUAAAGAAAUCGAAGGAACUAGUGUUGAAUAAACUUGCUGGAAUGAAUGUGCAAACUUUACAAAAAAAACGAUUUGUAAAGUCGUUUCCAUGAUAUGGUUUAGAAUCCGUAAAGUCGUUUCCAGGAUAAGGUUCAGAAUUUGGCUGUAAAGUCGUUUCUAGAUCAGAAGAACAUCGGGAGUUUUCCUUGGACAGGAGAGAAUACCUUUACACCAGAAAGAACAUAUUGAAGAAAAUGAUAUGGUUUUGGAUCUGUAAAGUCGUUUCUAUGAUAUGGUUUUGGAUCUGUAAUGUCGUUUCUAGGAUAUGGUUUUGGAUCUGUAAUGUCGUUUCUAGGAUAUGGUUUAGAAUUGACAAAAAUUCAAAUAUUUCAGAAAA